AUGAGGAUGGUGAUGCAAGACAAGCAACCGGAGACCAAAGAAGAAAACCUUGAAGGUCGUGAGGAUAAACGAAUAUCUAGAGAUAAUGAAAUCAGGACACUUAAGGAAGAGCUGGAAAAUGCGAAGAAGAAGAUGGAUGAGCUUCAGAACGAUUACAAUGAGCUUCAACAAGAGUACGAAAAGCUAAGUAGUAGCAAGCAGAAGAGCACACACAACUGGGGAUCGCGUUGGCAAAAAAUGAAGAAAUCAUUCCACAUAAAACGCGAAGACGAUGAAACAAGAGACAGGCCGCAAAGACAAAGCUCCACGGGACCAAGAACCAGCUUCAGGAGAAGAGUGUCCAUGUCAUAA